AUGAAACGAGUUUCCAAGAUUUUUCAUGGCGGCGGGAGCUCUCAAAAGCACAAGGGUCCUGGCAGGGGGGCCAUUGCUGUGGGGGAGGAAUCUGCCGCUAUGGCACUCGUCGAUCGGGAAGAAGGGGACACUCAUGCCAUGACGGACUUGUCGGGUCGUAGCCAUAGCAAUACUAAUGGAGGGCAGCAUCCAAAAAAGAGCAAGGGGUUGAAGAAAAUUGCUCAAAAAAUGAACAUUUUGGGAAAGAAAUCGAGCACUCACAGCAGCAGCAACAAACGACAAUCGACGAGUGAAGUCACAGACUUGGUGGACAUGGAACUAUUGGAUCCUCCUGCCGCACAAUUGGCGCCCUUGGAUGCGCUGAAAGACAGUCAUCGAGGAGGAGAGGAAGGAGAUCCGGAAGAAGAAUUGUCACGACGGUUGUCCGAGAGACUCAGCAACCAUACAACUUCGCACACGACUUCCACGGCUGCCACGACGAGUCAUAGCAACCGAACCAGUCUCAUGAAUCGUCGCUCCUUUUCACAUCCCAAUCUCUCGGCUGCCGACACGGAGGAUUUACUCGCCACACCCAAGCAACCCAAAAUGGCCACGGUUGCCAAAGCCACCAAUAUUGUCUUGAAUUCACCCGCACCAGCUACUACUACUAGUAGUACUGCCAGUGCCCUUGUCAAAUCGCCCGUGACCAAAUUGGCACCUUCCAUGAGAGAUGUUUCCCGACGUCGCGUUUCCGGUGAGGAUUCCAAUUCUUCCAUCAACUACAAAGAACAAGAAACUACUACUAGUACUCCACAUACACCCAAAACACCACGAACGUCGACGACCAAACAAAAGAAGAAAACAUCGCGAAGGAGGGCUUCGGUGGCGGGGGAUGGAAGAGACACGACAACAACCACAAAAAGCAGAACAACUCCCAUCGAAACCGAGACGGAUUCCAUUCCACCGCUCCAUGUCGAAGAACUCUUGCUCUCGCCGACCAAAUUGGUCAUUAAUAGUGCCACGCACGGGACGAUCGAAACCACCAUGACCAAGGAAGAUCUCAUGUCGCCACACGUUACCAAAAUUGUACGACGAUUGCCCAAUGGAAAUUUGUAUAUUACUCCCAAACCAACCACCAAAUCUACAAACAACAAUGACGGUAGUAGUCCGAAAGAAUCAUCAUCCAAAAAACAGCAGCAGCAACAACAAUUCCAGCAGUCCGAAUCCACUUUCACUACGGAAGCAACGGAACAGCAAGAACUGCCGUCCAAGCUCCCCCUCAUGGACAAUAGCAGCAGUGCACAGACGCAUCAUCGUACCGACCGUCGGACCAGUGCCGGCACAAAAAAGACAACCAAUCGUCGAAGACGUCGUUCUUCUGUGGAAGAAACAGCUGCACCCGAACGACGAAGACGAUCAUCGGGAUCGCACGUUGCCAAAAAACAAUCGUCGCCGGUUCCAGAAUUAAUGCCGGCGACAACGACCACGGCAGAUCAGACUCCGGAUCCAACAACAAUGCAUGAUGUUUCAGAUACAACAUUCAAUUUGGCUUCGGUGAGACAAACCAUUCAAAAUGCCAAUACCGACACUCCCGCAUCCUUUGUAUCGCCCCGGAGAACUUCGCGUGCGGCGGGUACGGGCGUGGCAGCGACACCCCGACAACGACGACGUCGAAAAUCGGGAAGUCAUCUACCUGCGACGUCCCAACCCGUCACGGUGGGAGAAGCCGAUUCCGUGCAAUUGGCAUCUUGUCCACGAACCACUGGACGUGCCCGACCCAAACCUCGCACACGACGACGAAGAGCUUCGUCGAUUGGUCAUGCCAUUACAACGACAACCACGACGACUGCUCCCGAUUCCAAGGAAUUGCCCGACAAUUUGCCACUCACCAGUACCGGAUCCAUAGAAGCAGAAGAACAAGAAGAGCGGCCCAAAAUGCUGAAAAAGAAGGCGCGUCGUCGAAAUUCCACAUCCAGUAUUCCUGAUGCGGGGGCCGCUUUGGAUGCCAUGGAACAACAACAAGCGGGGCACAGUAGUGCUGGAAAAAUGUCGUCGACUUCCAACAACAAGAGAACAUCCAUGUCGACUUCUUCCAAGAGACGAUCCACGGAACGAAAAGCGUCAAAACGAAAUGUGAUGAAACAGGAACCCGAAGAGGAAAAAGUCAACCCUCCUCCGGAAUCCAGUUCGUCGUCUCGAAAAUCGGUUCGAAAGGCAGGACGACGCAUGUCGAAAGAAAAAAGAGGCAUUGUGGAACCAACAGACGAGUCGACAUCUACUAGUACUCCUCUCUCUCCAUUGCGGCGAUCAAACUCCACGACUCAAUUUGUUUCGCAGAGUCAGCAUUAUCCACCGCGUCCUCCAUCCACCAGAUCAAAAGCGAAACGAAGGACGUCUUUUGCAGGCGAUGGAACCGAUUUUAGUGACAAUGAUGCCAAUUCCACUUUCAUUUCUCCUAACGUAUUGAAACAACGAUUGCAAAUUCCAACACAGUCGCCCCCACAUUCUACUGCAGAAGCGACCGAACCGAUGGAAGAGCAUACCGCGCAUACGUUUGCUACGGAAAUGACCCCGCUGGAUCAGCAAUCGAGUCACAGUUUUGCCCAUGAACUGACAUCCGACGAUUUCCAACAAAACAACAACAAUGUGCCCAAGCGAAAGGCCAAGUCCAUUUCGCCCGCGACAAACAAGAAAGAAUCGGUGGAACCUCCGGCACGGACACGUAGCCACGUGGACAUUUUUCAAAGCCAUUUCGUGGUUGCCAGUGGUGGUGGCAGUGGACAUGGCAGUGGCAGUGGACACGGCGGGAAAAAGUACAGGUCAUCUCCCAAAAGUGCUCGAAAGCGUCCGGUCAUGGAACCGGAGGGUACCAAGGCUCAUGACACCAACGACGAGGGCGAGUUUCGUCCUAGCGUGAAACCUACAGUCUCAGCGGUAUCGUCCGACAGCGCCUCGGCAGCAACAUCAACCAGUCUGCCACAGCCCUGGAAGGAAUUGCUGAAAACCACCAAACAACGAGCACAAAGCAUGGGCGAUGUGGUCAGCAGCAACAACAACAACAAUUACAAUCACAAUCAUGCCAGCUACGAUUUCAGUGCUGGUACGCCGUCAGAGGAUUUGGCCAGCACAGAAUCGUUGGAACUCGAGCCCAGUCCGACUUCUGUGCUGGAGGAACCCCCCACCAAAGGAGUGUUCUCGCUGGAUUUUACAAAUCAGCAACAAGACGUUGAGCCUCAUGUUUUGACGAAACAACAAAAACAGCAAGGGACAAGCGAUGUACAGGCUUAUCACGAAUCGAUCCAAUGGAAGUCUCUGGCUGUUCCUCAUCCCCUUCAAUCGAGCGGUCGUCGUGCACAGCGGCGCAUGACUUUGACGUGCGAUGGAAGAGACAACUUAGACAGUGGAACAAACACCGACAGGAGGGCGAAAACGGUCGCUCCACCGGGAAACGACGGCAAUAUUUUGUCGCCUCGCGGAGCUGCGUCGAGAGAUUCAGAUGUCGACGCCGAACGCCAAAAACUGAUUUCUCCUGCUGCGUCCAAUGAUGACGCGAGUGAAGCCGAUUUGGACUUGAGCGAUAUGGUCCUUACGCAGGCUGAGAGCGAAAUAGAAGCUGCUCAGUUGCCCUCGGUCACUACGAUCGUCCAACACUUAUCCGCUUCAGCCAGCUUGAUUGACGCAACCGACAUUCCUUACAAGACAACCUUGAACAGUUUUGCAGCCGAACGCAGCGUUGACACCGACGAUGAAACUCUUUUGACGCGAAGCGAAAGCGGGGAGGAAGAUUCAGCGAAUAAUGAGCUUCCCAAGCAGGGGUCUGCUAUCACCC